CAUUUUUUUUUUAUGAUUAUUAGUCAUUACUAUACUGUUGUUAUUAUAUUUUUUUCUAAACUUUUAAUCCGUACUCACAUUUUAUAAUAAUAACGAUACUAACGAGAUAUGGCCUCCGGGGGGAAAAUAUGAAAGAAAAACUGCCACUUACCGUGCGGUUUCGAGUGCAAUGCGAAAAUCUAAUGAUCCGCGGCAACAAGUUGCCCGGCGGCUUCGACGCUGUUGCCGCGUGUCCGCACGCCGCUCGAAGACGUUGGCUUUUAAUAUUUUUCUCCCCUAAAUACACGUGCAUCGUACACGUGUCCAUUAGUUUUUGCAACCCACUUCAGCCAUUCGAUGACUAUAAGAAAUUUGUCAUGGGUCAUGAUGACGAAAUUUUUAACGUCACCGAUUAUAAUUUGUUCACACUAUAUGUUUGUAUGUUAGUAUCUAUAUAUAUGCGCAUUCUACUCGAGUAUUAUUAUGUUGUUUUUUUAUUCUUUAUUUAGAAUCAAUUGUAGGUACCUAUAUAUACACAUCCAUCGUAUAGGUACACGUUUAUUAUUUAUGUUAAUUUCGGAUGAUGUAACACAAAAUUUACCAGAGUACUCAUUUUAGAUAAUUGAGCCAGUUUAUAAAUAUAAUAUAAAAAUGUGUCUGUUGCGCUCUACGUAUUUAUACGAAAACCGACUUUUUCUCGUGUAUAAAAUAUAGAGAAUAAACCAUAAAUCUCCUGGUCGUCGCGCCCUCCGAAGAUUAAUAGAGUGACAACAUAAAGAGGUCUUGAAAUUCUCUCCCUACUGGCUAUUAGAGUAAUUAAUAACUGGCAGCCAGAAAAAGAGGGUUUAAAAUAUAUACAGGGGGCAUGGGGCAAAUAGCCAAAUAUAUACAAUGUGUACUUAUAUAUGUCUAUGUGUCGAAAAUUGUAUCGAGGUCAUAAAUACGCAAUAGGCUUACGAAAACUCGCAAGUUAAUUUAAUUGCUGACCAAUGUUUGUGGGUUCACAAACCACAGUUCGACUGUUUCAAUAUUAUAUUGGUCUAUGUCAUUACUCAUUAAACAUAAUUGUUUGCUUUUUUUACAGAACGAUAAAGACGAAGAAGACACUAUUUCUAUGACAUCGUUAGAUCCUAAGACUAAAGAAUGGGUCGUCAAAUCAGCAAAAUGUGACUAUCAAGCUUUGGCAAAACUGGCAUCUGAAAAUCCUCGAAUUGCAAAGUUCAAGGACCCUAUCACAAGCUAUACGGCGUUACACUGGGCGGCGAAACACGGCAACAUGGACCUGGUGAAAAUGUUGGCCGGCACGUACACUGCCAACGUCAACGCUAAAACGAAUGGAGGUUACACGCCGUGUCACUUAGCUCUGCAGUUCGGACAUGAAGAGAUCUACAAGAUACUGGUCGAGUCGUACGGAGCCGACCCGAACGUCCGGGACUACAGCGGACGGAAGCCAAGACAGUACCAGACGAACCAGGAUACGAGCCUGUCGGCGGACACUUAUCGCAAACUAAACGCCCGAAAGCACAAACACAUCGAAAAGGACCUAAGAUUUCUGAGGAUUGGGUCCCUGAACGUGCGCGUUAAACGGACCACGGAGGCGUUCAGCAACUUCCUGGGCGUCGGACACAACGCUGAAAAGAUCCACAAGACUUGGGGCUCUGCCGACAACAUACAACAGAACGACGCCAAGAGAAUGCCCCCUCCGAAAAGCGUUGCGAUUAAGAAGAGGAAGUCCAAGCGGCCACAGGACUUUCUGAGAAGGGCCUCGGCCCCGGCCGACCGGUCGCCAGACAAGAGAAAAUCUGCGGAAAUCGUCGUCACUGGCGACUCGGACUCGGACACGGCCUGCGGUUUCGGCACGAAUUGGCAUCAACCGUCGUGACCGUCGUGUCGUGUCGGAAAUCACUGUAUAUUAUACCCGUGUCGGUCGAUGGUGGUAUGCGGCUUUGCUGCUGACUUUCGAGACGCUCUUCUGCUGCGUAGAUAGUCGUUCUCGGGUGAAAUGAAAAUAUAAUAGGUAUAGGUUCAUAUUAUUAUACUCAUUGUCUCAUCCAUAGUCAUCCGCGUCAUAAUAUCAUCACGAUCGACAUUUAACUCGACCCAAGUAUUAUUAGCAAUAUGUAACAAUCAUGUCCACAUGCAUAGUCAAUAUUUACGUGUCACAUAAGGCAUACCUUAACAAUAUGUCUUAUGUGACACAUAAUAUACUUGACUAUGCAUACGGUCUGUCAGUCUGUGUACUAAAUAUAAUCUAAUAUUAUUAUUACUAUACUUAAAUAUUAUAAUUAUUAGUCUAUUGUGAUUUUAUAUGUCCUCGGUCAGAGGACGUUUUAAUUUUUUGUUUUAUAUUUAUUUUUUGUGCGCGAACGCUUAACAUUUUGUUUUACUAUUUAACCUAUUGAGUAUUGUGUAUACCUACUAUAAAUAACUUCAUCAAAUAUUAUGUUGUAUUCAGUUCAGCGGACACUUUACCAAUCGUUUUUUGAGCUACCUACUUACUUUGCUGAUAUGUCAUUAACAAUAUUAUUAAAAGGACCAAAAAGGCGUUUAAUUUUACAUACUGUUUAAUAUAUUAUUAUUGAUAUUUCAACAUUCGAUUGUACUUACAUACUAUUAUUUAUUGUAUUUUGUUUAUAAUUAUUUUAGCAUUAUAGACAGUUAUUGUUACCACGGACUUUGAUAGAUUAUAGCCCGUGUUGUUUCUCAAUAUUAAUACUACAUUUUAUUGACGAUCAGCUUUUUUAAGAUUAAUUGUAGUAAUAAUAGUUAUGUUAUCGGGUUGUUUAAAGUUAAAAAUAUGCUCUCUGUUAUUAAUAUUAUCUAUUUUAUAAUUUUGUUGUUAAGUUCUUUAAAUGUGUACAAGUGUUAAUUUACUUUAGGACGUAACAUUUUCAUCAAUUAUUAUUACACAGUAAAUAUCUACAAUUAUAUUUGAUCA